AAAAGAGGAAAGGCAUGGGCGGCUGCGCGCGGGGCUGGGCUUGCCUCGCGGCUCCCGCGGCGCGAGGAUGGGGGCCCUGGCGGGCCUGGCUCCGUCUCCAUGGCAACGGCGAGGCGGCGGCCUGCUGCGGGCGGCGCGCCAAGGGCAGCGGCGGAGACCCCUUCGCGGGGGCCCGGCGGCGGCAGCAGGAGGACUGGAGGCACCGCAACAAGACGGUGCUGACGUACCUGGCGGCCGGCGUCGUGGGCGUGGCGGGCAUGUCCUACGCGGCCGUGCCCCUUUACCGCCUCUAUUGCCAGGUGAGAGGUCGCCUCGGGGCUCGCUUCUCGGGGGGGGGGGGGGCCUGCCUCGCAGGGUUGUUGUUGUGGGAAGCCCAGCAUGGGGAAAGGGGGGGGGGGGCUGCGAGACAGUGUUUCCUAAAUGCAGGGAAAGAAGGAAGCGACUGCUGCAGAGUCAGGGGAGCGACGGGGCUGCUUUCCACCUGACUCGCAAAUCUCCAAAAUCCAACCGUUUGCACGAAGGGGGUCCCUGGAUGUCCCUUCGUUUGAAGAUAGUGUGCGCUGGAUCUGUCCCCCAAGUUGGAUGAGCAGGGGCUGCCACCUAUUUUAUUUUAGUUUUAGUUUUUUUAUUUAUACAGUACUUUUCUAAUUUCUACAUUUUCGUUAGUUUUACAGUCAAUUUGACAUUUCAAAAUUGGACUUCCUUCCCCCCUCUUUUUGGGGUACCUUAAAUUUAUUUUUCAAUAUCUUCUGCAUAUCCAAAUUUGUUUUAACUUGCUCGUUUAUUUAUCUACUGUAAAUAUAUACUCUUAUAAAACUGCAGGUUAUGGCAAUGAUCCUGCUAAUGUUUUUGUCUGUUUACAAUUUGUCUGUAAAUAUUCAAUAAACCAUUUCCAUUCUUUUAUAAAAAGUUUAUCUUGAUUUCUUAUUCUUCAGGUAAACUUCACCAUUUCUGUUGUUGUGGGGAGCCCAGCAUGGGGGAGGGGCCUGUGAGACAGCGUUUCCCAAAUGGGAUAUAGAAAGGAUCUCCUAGGCUCUGUGUAUAAUGAGUGAUAUAACAAAUAAAGAAGAAUGCAUUCUACCAGUCAUUGCCCACGUACAGUGUUAGAAACUGAUAUAUGAAAGCUAGGAGCUAAAUGUCCACCUUAACUAGGUGAUGUGUGCAACAAUGGAAUGUCUAGGCGUCCUUUUUAAUAACAAGAAUAUAGCUGAAAAUGAACUGCAGCUAAAAUCGUAUGUUCGUUUUUCACAUGGUCUAGUCCUUCCCCAGCCUACCCACCCCCUAAUAGUCUUAAGAGGGUCUCUUCUCUGGUCUUCAGAAAGUGGCUGGAAGUGGGGAGGCAGAAAAAGCUCCUCCUUUCCUUCCACUCUGCAGUUUAAUCUGAAAUCUUCGGUAAAAGUACUGCGCCCAGAGCUCAGAUAUUGCUUGUGCUAAUGAGAUGCCCUGUCACAAAAUGUGCCUAGAACAAUGGGAGUUUCAAACACUGCUCACAUUUACAGAGUACAUCUACAUAAGGGAUCUUGUUAUAACACUUAUCCAGCACUGUUGAGGGUAUUACUUGAAAACAGCACUCUAUAAAAGCAGAUCUUAGUUGAACAUGCAAGCAUUUAGACAAAUAGUAGAAAAGAGUGGAAACUUAUAAGAACAUUUGGAAGAUUUAAUCACUUGUAGGUCCUUUCUGGAUUCUGUCCAGUAGAUCUAGUCCCUUAGUUGAUGCCUGUCCAUAUUCAAAAUCUCCCUCGACCCAUGAAGAUGAUAAUAAUUCAGGGUACAUUAAAUGGUUGAUUUGCACAAGUAACUGUUCCAUGUAGCACAUGCCUAGAAAUCACUUGAAGGGUAAGGAAGUAAGUCUUUUCAGAUAGUUUAAUUGGGUGCAAUCGACUCUUGCCAUGUUUGUUGCCUGUCUGGCUUUUGUACAUAGAAGUAGCAGCUUUUAUGUUGGUUGUCUUGGGAAAGUUUUCUUGAAAGAGAUUGUUUCUGUUUAAUUCUUCUUGCCUCAGAUACCAUUUCUUGUUUUUAAUCAGGCUAUUGUUAAUUACAGCUUCUUUUCCUUUAAGGCUACUGGACUUGGAGGGUCAGCGGUAGCAGGCCAUGGUUCAGGAGAGAUUGAGACAAUGGUACCUGUUAAAGAUCGCAUCAUUAAGGUUACCUUCAAUGCAGAUGUACAUGCAAGCCUUCAGUGGAAUUUCAGACCUCAGCAGACUGAAGUAUAUGUAAGUUAUUAAAAAUUUGUAGAGAUGGGUUUCAUAUAUGUCUGGGGCUGUCGUGGUUUAUUUAUAGACAGAUGGGCAAGGGUUGUAACUAGCCAUGCUAAAUUGCAGUAAUCAUAAUGAGAGGCUGCUUGUUUUAUAAUCUGCUUUGUCAGGCAUUAAGGUCUACAGACUGCAGUAUAGCAGUUGUUCACCUGUAAGAGUCAGAGGUUGGUGCAGUUUUUCAUCUGCGUAGAAUUCUGAACCUACCAUUCUGAACCUACCUGCAUCCCAAAGUAAAAUUAAUUUGAAAUGGGGCAAAGUGGGAGGGGAAAGGGUAUACUGUUUGCAUAAAUGCUGCUGUUGGUGCGAUAUCUCUGUUAUUGCUAAUGUUUGAAAAUACUCUGCUUUGGAUUUACUUAUUUUGUUGGAAAUAUUUAUAAUCCUCACCCAAAGGUCCCAGGCAGAAAAUAUACACAGUCUAAACCAAAAUUAAACAAUAACAUUAAACAGCACAAAUCAAAGGCUAAAUUCUGAUUGGCACUUACACAGGGUAAGCAUGCAUUUAGUCUGUUGCCAGUGAUGGGUAAAGAUUAGUUCCUGGCAAACAGGCUCACAACCCCACGCUGCCUAUUUGCUCUCAGCACACAGUUAUCCUUUUGUGUUUCCACACCUAGGGAAAUGCAACAUCUUGCUGCUGCUACCGAAUCGGCAUGUGGACUCACGUUGUUAUUAUUUAGUUACUACAUUUAGUUUGCCUUUCUCUACCAAGCAAAAGGCACUGUGUGUGUUCUGCCUUCCCCCCCCCCCAGCCACAACAACAACAACAACACUGCCCCCAAAGUAAUCCAGUGAGCUUCUUUGCCAAGUGGGAGUUUGAAUCUGCGUCUCCCCAAUCUCAGUUUGACCCUAACUGCUAUGCCAUAUUGACUCGGUCAGAGGCGUUGAGUGAGCCAUAGCGCAGUUCUCUGAAUUCCUGGUUGGAAGAGCACAGCAGCAUGCUGUAGAGACACCCUCUUUGCUGGAGACCUUACUUUUAUGUAAGUCUGUCCUCCAUGCCACAUCUGCAUGAGAAAUAAACUCCCUUUCCUUUGAGUUUUCGGCAGUUUCUUGAUUUAGACCUACUUUAGACGGAAACAUUGUUAGCAUUGUUAGUCACAAAAUAGCUGUGGGGGACGUGGCAUAACACAGAAUUAGAGAUAUAUCCCCAACAACCUUAAGUUUAGCAUGCCUGAUUGUGGAGAUUGAUUGACUUUACACAAGCACAAGCAUGCACACUGAUGUUGUUGCUGUCUAGUAGCAACAGGGAGCAUUCCCCAGUCCCAGGAAAAAUCUACAAGGUGGCUACACCACACUUUCAUUUCACAGAAAUUGCUGCGCAUUUCUGUUCUCAUCCUGAAGCAAAGUUCUUAACCUGAGGUACUAUUUCUGGGUUAGCGGAGUCUGUAACCUGAAGCGUUUGCAACCCGAGGUACCACUGUAUAAAAACCUAAACACUGAAGAAAAGCCCUGCUGGAUUGAGUGAUGGGAGUAUCUAGUCCAGCACUGUGUUAUCAUAGCCCGCCCCCCCCCCCAAUGCCCAUGGGAAGCCCGCAAGCAGAUCCUGAGAGCAACAGCAUUCUCUCAGCCUGCAGUUCACAGCGACUUGGGUUCAGAGGCAAUACUGUGUCUACUAGCCAUUUAUAAACUUAGCCACCAUAAUGCAGUUUGGCUGGCAGUGACAUGGGGGAAAGCAAGAAAGAUCACUAGAGCAACUUCUUCUUACAGGUGGUUCCAGGAGAGACCGCACUGGCAUUUUAUAAAGCAAAGAAUCCCACUGAUCAACCAAUAAUUGGAAUCUCUACCUACAAUGUGGUGCCUUUUGAAGCUGGGCAGUAUUUCAACAAGAUACAAGUAAGUGUAGUAUGAUGCGCUAAGAGUGGACUGCUGCUGCUGCUAACUCAACUCUCCUACUUUUGAAGCCUGAUUCUGUUUUAAUCCAUGUUAGCAGCAAUAUCCAAGAUGUAGGUAUAUGCCCUCCACUUUCCUUGUCAUUGGUGCAAGGAAAACUUACCCUCUAGACUCAGGAUCUAGCGCCACCCUCUGCUCUGAAAAAGCUAUUAAGGAAUUUUUUUUUUUAAUAUCUGCUGUAUCUUCUAAGACAAAAUAAAACUGUGUGAUUUUGAAUAGUUCAAAAUAUCACACACACACACACAAAGUGUGGAUAUAAUAUGGUUUAAUUCGCUGUCAAUGGUGCUAGCGCUUCAUGUUAAAUCCUUGGGGUGAUCUCUAUUUAAGUUAUAGUCAGCAUAGACUCCUUGAAAUUCAUGGAGUUUAGUCCAUUAAUUUCAGUUGCUGUACUACAAGUAUGACUAACUCUGGAUAUUACCCUUUGCAUUUAAGCGGGUAUUACAGUUUUCACAAGACAGUGGCAAAAUGAAUGUAUUUAUAUGGAUUUUUCAUGUCCUUUGGUGGAAAAUAUCACAAAUAGCAUUUUGCCACAUUUAAUUGAACUAGGCACAGAGGUUCUCCUCCUGCUUAAAUUAGAUUGUGGAUAUAUUAUUGGCUUAAUAUAAACUUCAGAAACAAUUCUAAACCCUCUUUCCCUCACAUUUACAGUGUUUUUGUUUUGAAGAACAACGACUUAAUCCCCACGAAGAAGUGGACAUGCCGGUAUUUUUCUUCAUUGAUCCUGAAUUUGCAGAAGACCCAAGGAUGGCCAAUGUUGACUUGAUCACGCUUUCUUACACAUUUUUUGAAGCAAAAGAAGGACAGAAACUGCCACUCCCGGGUUAUAACUAAUAGUACAGCAGACGGACACUGCAGUGGAGAUUCCUCUGCUAUUCAAUAAUUGUGAUCUACAGACAGUAAAAGCACAUUCCAUAACUCAGUAGGAAGAUGCUUAAAAACUGUAAAAGUUGUGUUUUAGAUAUUGAAUCGUAUAGAGAUUUGAAGAUGUGACGUUUAAUUUUGCACACAGGAACCAUGAUUAUGAAUAAUAAUUAUAAAAUGCAUGUGGCGGGUGGUAUUUUCAAAUCUAAUUUAAUUUUAGACACCGCUAAAGCUCCUUUAGCUGUUUGCAAUAUAUCAGAGGUAGCACUCUUCCAUAAAUUGUGUGAAGGUUUGUAACCAAAGUGCAGAUGCCAUAUGAAAUGUUAUGCUGAAACUCAGCUGUUCUUUGCCAUCUAUGUUCUUAUUCUCAUAAACUGAACUCUGAAGAAUCUGUAACCAACCCAGAAUCAAAGGAAAUCACCUCUUAUAAGUUCCCUGAUUAUUAUUUUUAGACCUUUUCUUUCUUUCUUUCUCCUAGCCGUAACUCUUUCCUCCUACUAUUCCCUUCUGUUAAAGUGACAUUGAAGGUUAGCAUAUUAAACUUUGGUACUAUCCUUAGAGCUGCAUUGGUACCCAGAUGGUGAAAAGCGGAGUUAAAAUAAAUAAAUUUAUUCUGCCUUUUUUAAAAAAAUCAUGACUGUUUUGGACAUUUAUUCUGAAUAUAGUUUACAUAUCAGGGUGCAGAGGGACUUUUCCUGCAUGUAUUUCAGCUAUGCUUUGAAGUACAUGAAAGCACCUUUUAAAAAAUAAAGAUCAAAUGACAGAAUAUUUCUAGGGAUUCUGGCACUUUGGGUUGAUAACAGUUUUACCUGAAUUUUCUGUGCCCUGUAUAUUUUGUUGGGUGAAAUUCCUAGCCAAUGUGAAUAGAAUUCCCAAUAAAGAUAGAUGUACCUUGGGGUGGGCAGGCAGAGGACAGAAGAGGUAUUGGUCAUGGCAAACAGAAACAUCGGCUAGUUUCAAAAUAUCUACACUACAACUGACAGUGAUGUUAAAUGUAUGAUUCCAAAAUGCAGUGAAGACUCAACAGAAAUUUCAGCUCAAAGCUGGAUAGCUGCAGAGCAAAUAAACUGAUAAAUAAAGCAGCAACGGUGUGAUGCCUUACUUAACACUGGCAUGCAAACAUUUGACAUAAAAUGCAGGAGGCAAGCUAUAAAACCAAAUAGGAAAGAGCUGUGUUAAACUGGAGAGUUGUGCAGCUACUGAAACCACCCAUUAGCUGGUUUCUGACCGCAUUUUAUUUGGAUUGUAUAAAAACAGCAUAGGAAUUGUAAAACAUAAUUAAAUACUACAUAGCAAUCAGACUUAAAAUGUACCAUCUGCAGUUAGCAAGCAUUGAUUUGAACAGCUGAUUGUAAUGACAUUCAUUAUAAAUAGGUUUGGCAGUCACAGUCUCAGAGCAGUACAUAUUUUACUUUAAAUCAGAAAAAAGGCACUUCCUCCCAUCACCCUUUUACAUUGUAUGAUCCUAUGACCCAAGUGACUGUCCUUACCUGCUUAAAGAUAACUUUAGUUGCUAAUAGUACCUGCUUAAUGUGGAAAACAGCUACAGUAACAAACAAUGGCAGAGUUGCUCCAAAAUACCUUAAAGAGUGUGCUUAUGUCCUUGCUGUCCUCCAUCCAUCUGCUUAGUGCCUUGUUUAGCUGCUCCCAAUGAAGCCCAUGAAAACUAGAGCAUUUGUGGCUUCCCAUCACACGUGCAGCUCUUUAAAGAAUGUUAGGACAGAAAUGGAGCAAGACUUCUACUACAGCAAACCCUCAUGAGACUACAGUCGUACCUCGGAAGUCAAACGGAAUCAGUUCCAGAAGUCUAUUCGACUUCCAAAAUGUUCAGAAACCAAAGCGCAACUUCUGAUUGGCUGCAGGAAGCUCCUGCAGCCAAUCGGAAGCCGCAGAAGCCUUGUCAGACACUUGGCUUCCAAAAAUAGUUUGCCAACCGGAACACUCACUUCCGGGUUUGCGGCGUCCGGGAGUUUUCGAACUAAGCUGUUCGAAAAUCAAGGUAAAACUGUUUUGGAAUAGCUUGUGCAAGUCUGAUACAAUGAGUGGAUUACAUAAACUAUUUAGAGAAAAGUGCUAUAGUGACUAGUCAUCAGAAGACCAAGAAACUUGCUAUGAAACAUCUGAUUUCAAAACCAUGUGCCUGGUUAGCAAAUAGUUUUACAGAAAGAUUAUACUGAGAGGAUAGAGGGGUAAGGUCCACCCCCACAAAAUGUGGCACUAAAUCCCAGAUAACAGCUUGAAGGCUAGCUUGAACCUCGAUUUGGUCCUGGACCUCUAGCACAAUGACGCACAUCAACUUAAAUCAAGUUCCAUUAUGUAGUUCUACCUAUGGAAAAAGUUGUUUGCUUUUAUAACUAAGCAGAAUGUACCAUAAAAUAAAAGUACCUUAUUUUUCUAAGUGC